AUGAAGCCCGUUGUCAGCGCCUUCAACGCGUGGGGAUGCACCGUUCUCUCCGUCUUCGCCAUGAUUAUUCUGAGCAUUAUCGCUGGUCUUUAUCGAAGUGGUCACGAGGAGUUUACCGGUGGUGUCGAUGACCCUGAGGACGGCAAGGCUGUUGCAAGCACCAUCUUCACUGCCGUCCUUGUUUACGCUGCUUUCUUCGUCUUCUGUGGUCUCCAAGGACUCCUCCACGCCCGAGAAAGCCGCCGAGGCGCGAUCGCUCUGUAA